AUGGACGGAGCUUAUUGGGAUGAGAAUGGGGAGCUGGCAGCUGACUUUGACAUUGUCAACUGGGUGGCGUUUCCCAAUAAGUCCCUUGUUGGGUUGAAAGUUGGGAGUGUAGAGAGAUCAGCAUCUCCAGAGAAAAUCAAGUUUGCCAUUGACCAAAAUGUCAUUGUGUGGCCCAGAUGGUUCAAUCAGAAUGUGCCUCUUUCAAGGUGUACUGAAAACUGUCGUCCAGGAUAUGCCAAGGCCAUUAAAGAGGGAAAAUCAAUUUGUUGCUAUGCUUGUGUUGAAUGCAUGGAAGGAACAAUCUCCAUUCAGGAAGAUGCAAAGCAUUGCAACAAAUGUCCAGAUGAUCAGAAUUCCAAUCUACACAGAGAUCAGUGUGUCCCCAAGAUUAUACAUUUCUUGUCCUAUGAAGAACCUCUGGGGAUGAUCCUGGCUUCUUUUGCCCUGCUUUUGUCCCUCACUGCUGGUUUUCUUUUGGGAAUCUUCAUUAAAUACUUUGACACACCAAUAGUCAAGGCCAACAACCGGGACCUCACCUACUUGCUCCUCGUCUCUCUCCUGCUCUCCUUCUUGUCCUCCUUCUUAUUCAUCGGUCGGCCCCAGAAGUGGACCUGCCUUCUCCGACAAACUGCCUUCAGCAUCAUCUUCUCCGUGGCCGUGUCUUCCCUGUUGGCAAAGACUAUCACUGUGGUGGUGGCGUUUAUGGCCACAAAGCCAGGGAGCCAGAUGAGGAAAUGGCUGGGCAAGAGCUUGGCCAACUCCCUUGUCUUGUCUUUUUCCAGUGUCCAAGGGGGCAUCUGCAUGGUCUGGCUGGGAAUGUCUCCCCCCUUCCCAGACUCCGACAUGCACUCCCAGCCUGGGCAGAUCAUUCUGCAAUGUAACGAAGGCUCUGUUGCCAUGUUUUAUUCUGCCCUUGGCUACAUGGGCUUUCUGGCGGCCGUCUGCUUCACGGUGGCUUUCCUAGCCAGGAAGCUGCCUGGGGCCUUCAACGAAGCCCAGCUGAUCACCUUCAGCAUGCUGGUGUUUUGCAGUGUUUGGGCACUGCAGCAGAUCGGCUCUGAGAGCAGUCAGGGAGUGCAGCAGCAGCAGCAGCAGCAGCAGCAGCAAACAGUGAAAUGA